AAAUAAGAAUAAUUAUUUACUAAAAUCCCUUUCACAAAAUGAAAAAUAACAUGUUAGAUAAAAAGGGAAAUCAACUAAAAUAAAAAUACCCCUUAUUAAUAUUAUUCAAAAACAUAUUCCCAUUAAACCAUAACUCAAUUAUGUCAAAUAAUCUCAUAGAAAUCAAGUUAAAAGAGACACCAAAUUCGAUGACCAAAACCUUCAAAUCAACUAUCACAAAAACCUCAAAAAUCUAAAAGAUGUAAAAAAUGAAAUUUAUUUAUUUUGAAUCAUUUGAUCAUGUGUCUCAAAGGGACAAUUAUUUGAAAUGAUAAAAUGUAAUGAACCCGGCCAUCCGGCCGGGCACAAAGCUAGUUAGUAGUUACCCAUCUAAACAAAAAACAAAUGGGCCAGUUCGGGCUUACUGAACAGAACACGGGAAGGCGGCCCAUUCGUGGACGUUCACUUUUCAGUUCCAGAUCCGGCGGCAAUUUUUUUGGGGACUCUGGCGCCGGAGUCGAGAAUUAAUUCGUUUGAACUGAAAGCAGAGAGGAGCAAACAGACAACGCACAGUUACCACUAAACAGCAGAAUUGCGGGAGGGGGUAGAGAAGCUGAGAGAGGCGGAGCAGUGUAGAAAUGGUCGCCGCGGCGAAAGGACUGAUGAUUUACAAGGUAUACAGGGAGCUAACUCGCGGCCUGUCGCCGCUGCUGCAACUUCACUUGCGGUGGCGCGUGUUCCGCGGCCGCGAGCACCCGGCGCGGUGGCAUGAGAGAAUUGGCCGGCCUUCUCUCCCCCGGCCGCCUGGUCCUCUCGUCUGGUUUCACGCUGUCUCCCUAGGCGAAGGAAUGGCUGCGAUUCCGGUCGUCAGGCAGUGCGCUCGUCGGCGGCCUGGGUUGAACAUUCUGAUGACAACGACGACGAUGUCCGCUUUUAAGGUGCUCGAGAAUGAUCUUCCGAGUGGCGUUCUACACCAGUUUUGUCCUGUGGAUACCCCGGCCGCCAUUGAUGCUUUCCUUUGCUACUGGAAGCCAAGUGCAGUUAUCUUAUUGGAGAGUGAGCUUUGGCCGAAUCUGAUCAUGGUAUCUUCAACUAAGGGUAUUCCACUUACAUUAUUGAAUGCUCGGAUGUCUGUGAAGUCCUUCAAAUUUUGGUCAGCAUGGGCGCUUCCAUUGAUAUCAUUAAUGCUAUCCAAGUUUGCUUUGAUUGUCCCAUUGAGUACCACUCAGGCAAUACGCUUCCAGCUUCUGCAAGCUCCACCUUCAAUCAUAAAUUUCGCUGGUGAUUUGAAAUACGUGGUGGAACAUGACAUGUCCAAGAGGAAUAUAGCAAGCACUGAAGAUUUGAAGGAGCAGCUCUCUGAUAGGCAUGUAUGGAUGGCUGCAUCAGUUCAUAGAGGUGAAGAACAAGUAAUCUUAGCAGUUCACAGAUUGUUAGUGCGAAGGUAUCCUGACUUGGUGACUAUUAUUGUCCCUCGCCACCUGCAGCUUGCCCACCAUAUUGUUGAAGAAUUGCAGAAAGAAGGACUUCAUGUAGCCUUGAGGUCUCGAAAGCAAAAGAUCACGGCUAGAGGACUCGUGUACGUGGUCGACACUUUAGGUGAAUUGAGGCAUCUAUAUAGCCUAACUCCAAUAGCUUUAGUUGGAGGUUCCUUCUGUCCUGGUUUCGCUGGCCACAACAUAUCCGAAGCUACCGCAGCUGGCUGUGCUGUUUUAACUGGUUUUCAUGUCGGACACUUCUCACACAUGAUAAAUGAAAUGCAACGACUGGAUCCUCUUUCAGUUGUGCAGGUGUCUGGAAAGGAAGAACUUCAAGAAGCGCUCUUCCAGCUCUUCAGUGACAGAAAGAUGCUCAAAGCACGACGCAUGGCUUCAAAACAAACGUUUCAUACCCUUUCGAGUGGAAUUCUUGCCAAAGUUUGGAACCUCUUGGAUACCCAUGUCCUUGACAGGAUCUCCAUUAUUGAAAAAAAUAAAAUAAAAUGAAAAGCGGCAUUCAUCAUAAUUGCAAGGUAAUCAAGCUAUGUUAGUACGUGAAAAUUGAAUCUGUGAUUGUUAGCAUGCUGCUCAAUACACCAUGAUGAUUGAAUAUUGAUGAAUCGACAUCGAUCAAUUUCUGAGUUCUCUCUCGAAAUCUACAGCCGCAAUAGCUGCUUGUCCGUCGUCGUCAGCAGUCUGCGUCGUUAAGGAUCGCCGGUAGGUGAGGUAUCUGUUUCCCUUCUGGUUUUCUUAUUUUCAGUUCAAUUUGUAGCGAUGAAAUUCUUCCUAAUGUAUUGUUUUCUUUCCCAAAAUGCGUCGGCACAAUAUUUUCGAUUCUUAUGAUUCUGUUUGGGAAGUUUUACCCUGUAAUUUUCUGUUUCUUAGCUAUUCACCGGCUGAGUUUUCCUGGGGAACUCAAAAUAUCGGGGAAACCCAAAAUACCGUGAAAAUAUCGCGAUUUAUUGUCAUAUCGCGAAAUAUCGCCAAUUUCAAGUUCUCGUCAAUUUAUCGCGUUUCGAUUUUGGUUUUGAGGGUCCGAAACGUUUCGCGUUUCGCCGUUUCGGCCUUCCUUUUCGCGCUUUUCCCUGGCGUUUUCUGACCUUUUCCCGCCGUUUUCCCAAUUUUCAGGCGUGUGAUUUCUUGAUCGCCUGAGUUCCCCCCCGCCUUCCUCUCUUUCCCGCUCGUAUUCCAUCUCCCACCUUGCAAAAAGCCAAAAACACAACACGCGGCGCGCCGGCCGGAGCUGACAGAGAACUGCUCCGCCUCCGUACGGGGAAACGGUCUUCAUCAAGUAGAGCGAACGAACUUGAAGGAUAAUUCAUAUUGGUACGAGGAAGCGCGCCCAUGCACCCUGCUCGUUUGUUUUUGUAUUGGUCAUAACCUCAAUUAACUGACAGAUAAGCCUUCCUUUUCUUUUCCAGUGCGAUUGGUGGUUUAGGGUUCAGAAGUUUGGAGAGGAGUAUUAUGGGAGCAGCUGGAACCAGUCUGCAUCACAUUAUCUCCUUCCUCGACCCUGUACCAUCGCUGAAACCAGUAUCCUCUUCAGGAGGUGGACAUGCUUGUGGGAAGAUCGAUGUACCAGUCCUUCGUUUAAAGAGGCAUCGCUCCAAAUUGGGUUUCAAAUUAGGAACAUUGUAAGCCAGCUUCUGUCUCUUGGAUCCUGCCGUGUCCUUGUUGGAGCAAUUGACUUUCGACUAGUCUUGGGGAUUAUUUCCUGGGUUACAAAGAAAUCAAAGUGUUUGAUAGAGUGAUCCGAUAUAUGCUGCUGCUUCCUAAUACCAUGGUAAUGAAGGUGGUCUUCUGCACUAUGUUUCGAUUAGCCCUCAGCCCAGUGGAGCUAGAGUCUGACGAGUUUACUAACAUAGAGGCGGCCUCCAUCUUCAAUCACCAUCAUCAUGAAUAUCUCAGGACGAGUAAGUUGAAGUUGGUUAUUGUAUCACCCUAAAAUGGAAAUGAAGGCCAACUCUUUUAUAUAUGAUGCUUGAAGUUUUUGCUCUGGUGCUCAAAUAUUUCAGUAAUAAAGGUGCUAAUAAACGUUCAAUGUUGAACCUUCCUGCCCUGGACCAAGCUAAGGUCUGCAUUGUUGGUAUGGCUGCUUCGGUUUGACAACGCUGAUAUUUCGCAGAGGAGAGGCUAAUCGUGCAUGCUUAAACUUGUCGAGUGGUUUGCAACAGUUGAAUUUCUCACCCUUCCCUUUGAAAACUCGCUCCAGGUAAGUUGCUUUACGUUGUCACUAGAUAUAAAUAUAAUUAAGUUCUGUGUGCUUGGUAAACAAAUAUUUUAGUUUAGUGGAAUUCUUGCCAAGGUUUGGAACCUCUUAGAAUAAGGAUGUCCGUGGGCAUAUCCCUCAUUUGUGUUCUGCUGCAAAUCGGGUAUUCCUAUGAAACUAUAUGCUAAAGUGAUAAUGGCUAGGUGAAAGUAGUCCUCAUUUGAAAUAUAUGAAGUAAUGCAUUUUAGUUCUACCGUGGAAAAUACCAGCGCUCAAAACACUCUGUCCACUUGUACAAACAUGAACAUCAGGAUCAGUUUCAUUCCUUAACACUGCUUUCGAUGUAUUGGUUCACUAUAAUCCUUGAAGAUUCUGUCUACUGAAUCAAAAUAAUGUUUUCUAGUAAUACACAGCAUGCGAAAGAUGUUGACAAAGUGUCUUCACAGAACCUUCAGCUGUUGAAAUUUCUGAACAUACCAACUUCUAACAGCUCGUUUUGUUUCCCACAUGCAUUCUUGAGUUUGUUUUCUACAUGCUCAUUGCAUAUUCAAGGGGAAGGUCGUGUAUAGUGGGAGAGAGUUUAUCCUGCUAAACAUAAAUGCCCGUUUUUCCAGACUUGUUUGCUAAAUUCAACCUGACGUUGAGUUUCUUACUCUCUUCCAGGAGGAAAAUUGGCACCUUUUUUUACUGGAAUCAUGAAGGAGAGGCCUCCAAUCCGUCUGAAAUCUGGACCCCUGGAUUUCUCUGGUGUCUGGUGCGAGAACUGGAUAUCUCGUCCCCAACCGUAAGCGAGUGGAUUAUAUCUCGAAAAGAAGGCUCAUCGCAAGGUAUGGCCAACAGUCCGUCGUUAUUCCAGCCAUUCUCCUCGUACGCUUGGUCCAGCAGCUGCCUGAGAACUGGAUGGUUCAAAUGAUCUGCUCUUAUGACGAUCCUCUUCCCAGCUUUCCCUACCAUCACUGGCAAAUGACCAGGAGGCACAUCCCGUGGAAGCUUAUGCUUCUGGCACACGUCGGUAAAAAUCUUCCUUAGCUUCAUGAUCUUGCAAAUCCCACCACACUCUAAUCCCUUUACCGAGAAAGCCAUUUCGAAAGUUGCUUUAGAAUGUUGAAUGAACCCUUUAGAAGAGAGGCCAUGCCUAUUUAUCUACCCUCGACAAGAAAGGAUCAUUCAUGUCUCAUUUCUACACGCAAUGCAAAGUUCUUUUUUUCUCCAUGUUUGAUAUUUUUCCCGUGAGGUCAAACCCCCAUGCAGAUGCAAUGUCCUGGUUUCCCUUUGUGUGUCAUGUUUUUCUUUCUGCAUUAACAUGGCUGUGAGAUGAGAUGCAUGAACCUUAGCCACCGAUACCGUGAAAAUUGGCAAUUGUUUCACAAAUGUUUUCAGAUUUUGCCCAAGGGCUGGUAUGUUAAUCUGGUUUUGCAUGUUGCUUGCAGGAUAGGUUUGGUGGGCUACGGGACCUUCCCUACUAGCUAUAGGUGCGGCUAGCUAGCGUGAAAUAGGCAAGUGUUGGAGGCGACGAGAAUUUGAUGUUUGGCUUACACACCUCUUAUCUUACGUUGCUGUUUGUUCUUCAGACAUGUCAGAUUUCCGUGUAACCUCGUACCCUAUGUCCUAUUCCUUGUGCUGCAGAAACUGUUCCAAUCGCCAUUAAGACAGAAGAGAGCGGUUGUAACCAGCCCAACCUAGGUUGGCCAAUGGCCAGGCCGGUAAGAUACUUCUCAAAGAUCUGUUUUUUUUAUUACAAAUGUCUCAUCGUGAUCGUAGUUCAUACUUAUCUUAGAUGAUAUUAAGCGUUACACGAAAUUAUAAUAUAAUGUUAUCUUCCAGAAUCAAUCGAAUUUCAUGCAUUUUGAUAAUUCUUAGUUACCAGCUGUCCUCUAUAUAGAAGUUCCCCGCCUAAUCUGACUGGUUAAAUACUUGGUCUAAUGUGCCAGAGGUGACUGUCCUCUAGAUAGAUUUUAGGAUGUCCUUAAUGGGAUGAUUGUUUUAAGGCGAUCCAACUUGAUCGUAUAAUUGUGUCUGGGUGAAACGAAUACAUCUAAUUUGAGUAGGUGUAAUCAUAAUAUUUACGUCUACGCGAUCAAUAGAAUAGUCAAAUUUCAUUUUAAAGACCUAGAUCUUUGAUUGUGCAUCCUCUUCAUUUUCAUAAUCUACUGUGAUUAAUCCCCCAUUAUUCCCCCACUAUUUCCCCUUCCCAUGUGAGCAAAUAUAUUAUGGAUUCCAAUUUUCGCAUGUGCCUUACCCUUUUGCAUUCACCUGCCAAACAAGCACCAGCGAAAAUCUUCAAAUAUUACUGCUUCAAUGCGGCUCCUCCAUUCCUCCCCCAUCUCUGUAGCUGGAAAUUUUAGGAUUCUGUCUCUGUAUAAUCCCUGUGGGAGACUGAAGUACACUGUAUAAUAAAUUACUAAUGCACUUUUAGCCCGUGUCUGGAUUUCGUUAAGGAGUCAAGAGGGAAGCUUCUAAAAGAGUUUAUUUAACGUGUCAACUCAUUGAGCCUUUCUGUCCUGUUGAGUGACCGACAAGAAAAAAGAAAGAAAGAAAGAAAACUGAUAAGAGAGAAAUUUUAGACCGCCAUUCCCGCCACCAAUUUCAUGUCGUUUUCCAUUCAGCCCCCUUUAUCACUUUUCCCUUCCUGAUUGGUCCUUUGGUAUUAUUAUGACUGUUCAUUUUACUCUCCAAAGUCCAUCACUUUAGAGAGACAACCCACCCAUAGGAAUCUGGUUAUCGUUUUACUGUGAAAGUUGGUACCAAAAAAUUGCCUUCCACCCACACAACAACCAUGCCCCAUUUCCAUGUUACCAAAAUUCACUUCUUCCAUGCUUUUGUGUUUCCCCCCCUUAUUUUCCUUUUCCUCUUACCCUUGUUCCACCACUGUGCACAAUGCAUGCAUAAAGAAAUGCACAGAAGAAAAAGCUUAGGAGGCUGGAUUGCUUCUAUUUGACACUGUACUUGUCGGGGGAGGGAAAUAAAGAACUGUGGUGGAAGAAGCAAAGUGAUUAAAGUUUUCAGUUUCUGAAAUUGCAAAUGUUUAUGGCUACCCAAGAUAACUUACCAGCUUUGGUUUGUAUUUCUUUCAUUUGUAUUGGAUCAGAUUCGAUUCUGGAUCGGGUCAUGGCGUCAUGCCCACCCUGCUCAAUCAAGCUUGGAGCUGAAGCAGUAGUUUGGUGCUAGCUUCUUCUCCCUAGGUAAGCAUUUCAACCCGUACAUUUCUGAGUAUUAAUUAGCCACUGAUGAGCCAUAGUUUCAGUAGUCAUGGCUGUGGUAUGAUAAUAUUAAGUAAUCACCAAAAUGGGGAAGACAGACUAAGGAUGGUUGGGGGGAAGGAGGUGAUCAUUCACUUCAUUGGCAACGGCAAAGCAAGCAGCUUUUUGCCUUUUGCUUCCUCAUGACUUAAAGUUGGGAGAGCCUUGCAUGCCAUAAUAUUAGAAUGAAGGGGGACCAUUGCCUCUAAUCAUUAUGUUAUGCAUUCCCUUUCUCCUCUUCUAUCCAUUUUUCUUCUUUUCCCUUUCACUUUUCCCCCCUUUGUUUUUCCCUUUCAAUUUAUUUAUUUAUUUAUAAAUAUAGGUAAGAAAGCAAAGCUGAGUAUCUAGACAGAUAACAACUUUGACAUGAUCUGGCUAGCCUAAUAUGUCAAUUGUCAAGGGUCAAACGAGUUAAAUAGUAUAAUCUAGCAGAAAUACUUACUAUUUAAUUUAACUAAUACACGAGAGUAAAUGUU